UGCAGCAGUGAAAAAGAGAGAAGGAGUGUGUGUUUGUGUAUGUAAUUUGGGAACUCUUCCCCCGCCUCCUCUUUGCCUAUACGGAGGAGAGGAGGACUCACUGACAGAGAGAGAGAGAGAGAGAGGGAGAUCAGAGGAGACGAGAAGAGAAGAGAAGAGUACAGUGGGAGAGGAAUCAACUCAACAAGGGGAGAAACCGAGACAUAACAGAAAAGAUACAACAGAGUGAGAGACGCAUAAGACAAGUUACACGAAGAGAAGAGAUGAGAGGAGACACAUCUGAUCAGUAGCUGUUUAGCUGAAGCCAAGUGGGAGUAGUGUGUUUUGUUGAACUAGAUUUAUCUAGGUAUCUGCUCAGGACUUUGAGUGUGUGUGAGUGAGAGACCAUGUGGCGGUUCGUGACCCUGGUCCUCCUAGCCCAUCUGGGGAGCAGUCUGACGGCGGCAUGGAGAGCCUCCCAGCCUCGCCUGCAGUUCACCCACUCAGAGCUGGUCCAGAAUGGCCGUCUCCUGUCCCUGCCCCUGGCGGCGGGGGACAUGCACUCUCUGCUGCCAGACGAAGAUGGUCGCCGGCUCUACGUGGCCAUGAAGGACAAUCUGCUGUCCACAAGCCUGGACGACAUCACACAGAACCCACACAUGCUCUACUGGCCAGCAAGUCCAGACCGGGUCCAAGAGUGUUUGAUGGCUGGAAAGGACCGGGAGUUGGAGUGUGCUAACUUCCUGCGGGUGCUACAGCCCUACAACCAGACCCACCUAUAUGUGUGUGGAACGGGAGCCUUCAACCCUCGCUGUGCCUUCAUCCCCACCAAUAUCUUCCUCCAGUCGGGGCGACAAACUCUGUCAUUUGGAGAGACUGAAUGUGGGAAGGGAAAGUGUCCAUACGAUCCACACCAGAAAACAGCCACAGCCAUUAUUGAUGGCGAGCUGUACGCUGGGAUCUCUUCCGACUUCAUGAGUCGAGACUCGGCCUUCUUCCGCAACCUGGGCAGUCGUCAUGUGAUCCGCACCGAGCAGUACGACUCCACCUGGCUUCAGGAUGCCCAGUUUGUGAAGGUGGCCUCGAUGGCGGAGACUGAUAACCCAGAGGAUGACAAGGUGUACGUGUUCUUCACUGAGCGGGCUCAGGAGGCAGAGGGGGCUGCUGGGAAGGUGCUGUACUCCCGAGUGGCACGUGUCUGCAAGAAUGACAUCGGGGGUCAGAGGAGUCUGGUGAACAAGUGGAGCACCUUCCAGAAGGCACGUAUAGUCUGCUCCAUCCCUGGAUCCGACGGGAUACAGACUCACUUUGAUCAACUACAGGACAUCUUUAUCCUCCAUGAUGGGAAGGACAAGAAGAACCCUCUGAUCUACGGACUCUUUACCACAUCCAGUGACGUUCUGAAUGGUUCGGCGGUGUGUGUGUACCGCAUGCAGGACGUGGUAAGGGCCUUCAAGGGAAACUUCUACCACAAGGAGGGACCGCAGUACAAGUGGGCUGAGUUCACAGGAAAGGUCCCCUAUCCAAGACCUGGCACAUGUCCCAGCAGUACAUACGGUAGCUACAGCUCCACCCGGGAGUACCCUGAUGACGUCAUCUUCUUCAGCCGUACCCACCCUCUGCUGCAGGAAGCAGUGCUGCCGCAGGGAGGGUGCCCUCUGUUGGUCAGGGUGGGAGUGCACUACAAAUUCAGCCGACUGCUCGUGGACCGAGUAGAGGCAGUGGACGGACAGUAUGACGUCCUGUUCAUUGGCACAGACUCUGGCCAGGUGCUGAAGUCUAUCCCCCUCCCUAAAGAACACGGUGUCACCCAGGAGGUCACCCUGGAGCAGCUGCAGGUCUUCCAGCACAAGUCACCUGUGACUACCAUGACACUGUCCAAGAAAAAGUGGCUGUUUGUGGGUUCUGCGGAGGGUGUGGCCCAGUUGGCUCUGUUCCAGUGUGAGCUGUACGGCCAGGCCUGCACUGAAUGCUGUCUGGCCAGAGAUCCCUACUGCACCUGGGACGGACACGCCUGCAGCCCCUUCAUGCCCAUUGCACGCAGGAGGAACGCUCGCCAGGUUGGUGAUGAGGAGGACCCUCUGACACAGUGUGUCAGACAGGGAGCUGGUCUGCAGGUGAAAGCAGAGCAGAAGAUGAUGAUGGUUGCCGAGGGUAACAGCACCUAUCUGGAGUGCAUGCCCAAAUCCAGACAUGCAGCCGUCACCUGGUACAUACAGGCAGGAGAGAACAGCCCUGAGCUGCAUCAGUUGCAGUCAGGAGAGCAGCUGGUGGUGAUUGAGAGAGGUGUUCUGAUCCGUCAGGCCGAGACGGGCCACUCUGGCGUGUACCACUGUCAACUGGAGGAGCAUGGCUUCCGUUGGACUGCCGUCACCAUCCGUCUGAGUGUGUGGAGCCCCUCCCGUGCCCUCUCCUGGUCCCCUAACAACCCCAACCCAAGCCCAGAUGCCUUCCAGCCUUGGUACCAGGAUGUCAUGGCCCUCAUCCAUCCCAGCAGCCUGGAGAAGCACUGUCAGAGGCUGGGCUUCCGACAACGCCGGAACCGCAACCGCGACCAGGAUCAGACCAAGGACACCAACCGCAAGACAGGGGACGGCCCCAGGGGCGAGAGGCACAAACAUGGAGGCCGAGGUGGAGGUGGAGGAGGAGGCGGGAGGAAGAGCAGGAGCAAACCCCAGCAGAGGUCUCCACGAAGUGCUUAGAUGCUCUACUGCCUAGAACAUGCUUUCUUCUGACUUACACCCUCAAACACUGUCUCACUUUCUCAAAGACACACACACACACGUACAAAAACACAUAUUCAUGUAGAUUGGGGACAUAGGAGGUUCAGUGUGGGCUGGACUCAGAAAUGUGAAUGUGGUUGCGUAGCGUGUUGUAUGAAGGAUGCACAGCAUGUCCAAGAGAAUGGUGAGGAAUAUAUUAAGGCAUGAAGAGGCCCUGGAAGAAUGUGGUGUCUCAUAAGACCCACUAUGUGAACUUGUCUGAGGAACUGACUGGGUCUAAUGUACAGAGGUGAAGCUAGCUGGGAUCUGUCCCAACGAAAGACAGAGAGGGAGUCAAAAGGACUCAAGCACGUGAGAGAGACUUAUGUGUCUCUGAGGCACAACAUUUGUGAUUUGUCUUUGAUGUUUAAUGUAAAAAAAAUAUUAUUUAACUAUGUGUCGUAUUUAUUUAUGUUUUGAAUAAAAAGGUUUGUUUCAGUA